AUGUCCUGGAAGGACAAUUUUGGGUUCGCAGAUCGGCUGCGAGCCAUACAGUCUCUCACAACGGCUUACCAGCAAGCUUCUUCCUCGCCUACGUCAGCAUUUGCAGAAGCUAUGGCCCAAGCGAGGCGGCUUGAAACCGAGGCAUAUGACAAGUCGACCUCAAAAGACGAAUAUGAGUCCAUUUGCCAACAGGCGAUUGAUGAAGCUGAAUUGGCAAGAUCCACAGAGCUGGUCACUAGCAUCCCACAGCAUGGUGAGGAUGACCAUGAAGAACUAGAGACCUCAACUGGGGAAGUCAUCGGUCAAUAUCAGUCUUGUUCCCAUCAUUACGGUGGUCUGCACUCCUCCAUCUACAAAUCAAAGUUGGAAGAUGGGACUAUUCGAGCAGUGAAAGUCACCAUUCCUCAUAUGAUGACAGCGCCCCAUGAUGCCCAUCGUGAAGCAAGGUUGCUGCGAGAAGCUGCUCACACACAUAUAAUUCCAUUGAUCGAGACUUUUAAGCUUGAUGGGGGCAGAUUUGUCUUGGUCUUUCCUUUCUUGCGGUAUGACUUCGAGCAGUUGCUCCGACGAGACAUGGUAAGUGCUACUCAGACACGAUCGAUUCUGCGGGACCUGUUCCGUGCCCUUGCCCAUCUCCACAGCCUGGGUAUACUUCACCGGGACAUCAAGCCUUCCAAUAUCCUAAUGGACUCUCCAAAUGGACCCGCCUAUUUGGCAGACUUUGGCGUUUCAUGGAAAGACGGCGAUGCGGGAUCUGAGCCGCCCACGCAGAAAAUCACCGAUGUGGGCACGACCUGCUAUCGACCUCCAGAAAUUCUCUUUGGGUUCAAAGAGUAUGGAACAUCCCUUGACAUCUGGGCUGCCGGUUGUGUGGUGGCAGAAGCCAUUGCCGUCGGCCACCACCAGCUCUUUGACUCUGGGCCAGUGGGCAGCGAUCUGUCGCUAAUUUUCUCCAUCUUCAAACUACUGGGCACCCCGGAUGAACAACGUUGGCCGGAAGUUAAGGUAUUGCCAGAUUGGGGGAAAGUGGAAUUCCACUCGUUCCCCACACAGCCCUGGGAGGACAUUCUCCCAGGUGCAUCUUCAAAUGGCCGUGAUUUAGUCAGCCAUCUAUUGUGCUACGAGAGCAGCGAAAGAUUCUCUGCAUUAGAGGCCCUUGCCCAUCCAUACUUUUCUCAGGCUUGA